GGGUGUAACAGAAUGGUACGGUAAUGGAGGUGGGGCAUAUCAGAAAUGUGUGGAGAUUCUGAGUUUUUGCCUUCUCUGCUAUUAUAAGUUGGAGAGUGAUUUUCGGAUAUUCAAUGCUGUUUACUGUCCCAUUAAGUGUUCCCUGAGCCAUUCACCAAUAUACAGAGUGAGUCAUCGCUUAAUUAUUGGCACUCGCUGCGGGAUAGGCUUGAACAAUCCGUAGGCUGACUGGAAUUGUAGGCAGCCAGGGUUAAUUACAGGAAGGAUUAUUCAGUCUAACACAAGAGGCGUAAUUGUGCAGGGAACGACCGAACCUUUUUCAGAAUAGUGAACACUGAUGAACUGAAGGGGUUUGGAGGGUGGGGCACUGCAAGGAUCAACUUGUCACAUUGCAGCCUGAAAGGUAGAGGACUGCGGAACUCCCUGGCAGGCAGUGCACAGACCGGGAACAUUCUCCUGCAGAAUCACUCAUUCAGACACCAGGCACUGGGAAGAAACUCUCGCUGUUUCUUUAAGUAUUUUUCUGACUGAUUUGACCCCAACACCACAGGGAAACUUGUAAUUUUUAAUCAAACAACAGUGGAAGUAAGAUGCCGUCGCUCGUUUUCCUUCUUUUGUUGUGUCUGAUGAAGCUGGUUUGGAGUCUAACACCACUUGCUGUGGUUGUGCCUCAGGACCCCAUUCUGACCAUUGGCUCAUCUCUGACUGCUACAUGCAUUGUGAACCCUGAUGCUAACGCGGACGCCCAGGAUCUGUACUGGACACUGAACGGCGAGCAGCUUCCUGCAAACUUGUACAGUCUAGUGAAUGACAGUGCACUGAAGGUGACCCUUCGUGGACUGAACGGCUCACGACAACAAUCCGGUGAUAACCUUUUGUGUCACCGUAGCGACAACAGAGUCCUGGCUGGUUCAUGUCUCUAUGUGGGCUGUAAGUUGCUCUUGCUCCUAAUCACUGUUAGCACCAGGAGCCUGUCUGAGUGUGCAUCCCAUGUGAUGAGCACACUUAGCUAUGAGUGUGCAAAUAUUCUCCAGGCCGGUAACUCCAGAGAUUCUUCUUCAAAAGGACAGAUCCCUUUUGGGGGAGGAUUGGUCUUUGAUCCAACAUGA